UGAGCGCCCGUUCUGUAUCGUGCCAGAUUAAUUUGCGACAGAGAAGAAAAUUUGCGUGAAGAAAAUCCCGAGUGUCGAAUUGUAUUAUCUUUCGCGAUUGAUGGGUUCGUUCUGAAAUUCUCUCUUGAUUCGUCUAGUCCGUAUCUGUAAAGCCGUAGAGGGAUGAGUCCUUGUUCUCCUCCAUCUGCUUUUUAAAUUUGAGGUUAACACUUGUCAAAGUGUUGUGUUGGCCUUGUGCCCCCCAUCGCCCCCCCCCGUAAUCCAGUUAAGCACCCGGACAAUGGAGGAACAGCUGGCUUGGCCUUCUUGAGCUCAUCGACAGCACAGAGAUGGACGUAAACCCCCCACCGGGCCCCCCAAUGGUUUUCCAAUGGACAUCUUUGUAACCCUGACCGUAUCCCGACACUGCCCAGGAGGAACCUGGCCGAGGUGGACGUUGGACUCACUCGGAGUCUUCGGCAACGAGAUUCAGGAAGCCCACCAUGCUGUGAAAGCAGCCUGCCACAGGAGGAGGUGUGUCCGCCGGAGCCAAAAGUCUCCCUGCAUGCGAGUGUGAGCUCACACACUGGAAGAGGAGGAGAGUGGAGGAGACCAAAAAAGAAGCCAGAACCGGGGAUCCUCUGAGGGAUGCGAGAGGGGAGCCAAGGAGCAGGAGCGCCUUUCAGCCCCGCGGGGGAGCUCGGGCGCGCGGGCAUCUCACUCCGACGGACCGAGCGCCGUCUCCCGGGCAACCGCCAUGGGCUGCAAUUUGUGCACCUUGCAGAAGCGGGAGGAGCACUACAAGCUGCUCUACGAGAUUGCACAGGUGAACAGGCGUAACUUCUCCAAGGUGGAGCAGGAUGAGACGGCGGCGGAGGCCGUACGACGAGAUCCCGUCGUGGCGUCGGAGGAGGAGGGUUGCGUCGCCGACGUGUGCACGCAGACUGAUAUCACCUUCGAGCACAUCAUGGCGUUGGCAAAGCUCCGCCCGGCGACGCCGCCCGUGCCCGACGUCUGCCCGUUCCUAUUGUCCGACAGCUGCCAUUCUCUCCACACAAUGGAACACGAGUUCUACGAAUGUCCUGAGUACCUGUCCAAUAUACCUGCUGAAGUGGAGCGGACUGAAGAGUUUGUUUAUGAGGAAGUGGAAUUAUGCAAGCAGAACACUCAAGAGAAACUGGGCCUAACGUUGUGCUACCGGACGGAUGAGGACGAGGACGUGGCCAUUUACGUCAGCCAGGUGGAGACCAACAGUUUAGCAGCAAGAGACGGACGCAUCAAGAACGGCGAUCGUAUUCUACAAAUAAAUGGCCAUACGGUGCAUGAUAGAGAGAAGGCAGUUUCCUUGCUAUCAGGGGAACAUGGGAAGAGCAUCGUCCUGCUGGUGACGAGGCCAGAGACACAGCUGGAGGAUGAUGUGUGGCUUGACGAUGAGCAACAAGAGCUGGUGAAGGAACUGAAGAUGGAGAUUCUGGAGGUGGGGAAGAAGAAUUGCAGCCGAAGGCAAGACGAGGGUCAAGAGGAAAGGACAACGGACGCAGCGACCUGCUCCUCCAACAGCCAAGACAAAGACAGCGGGUUUGGGUGCGGUACCGACAGUCCCGAGCACCAACCGUUAUCGGCCGGUCUCUGCAGGAGAAGUCCAGCUCAGUGUUUGAGGGAUCAAUGGCGAGCCCAGAAUCCACACAGCAAGCGAGGUGCUCCGAUUCCACAGGACAAGCAAAGGACAGCAAGUCCAGGCCAAGGUUGCGAAGGGGUAGUGAGCGUUCACGACGGUGGAAGUGGGAUCUUGGCUCUGGAGAAUCACUUCCAGCAACUUCUGGAAGUCAAGUGUCAAAUCCGGAAGGGCGUGGAGUGCGGGGUGUACUCCAUUCGACACAGUAUCGAGUGCAGCCUCACGGAACAGGGAGGUGGACCUGGAGAUAGCGCUGAGGAGGCUGAGGAAGGUGAAGGCGUGGAGCAAGAGCUGAGGAUGUUGAAUGAAGAACUACGCAGCAUUGAGCUCGAAUGUCAGAACAUCAUGCAGGCCCAUCAGCUCCGCCGGCAGACGGACGCCUUAACCCCGCCGUCUUCUUCACCGGGUCGUAGGCUCAAGAACCACGGCAGACUGGCAGACAUUUACGAACACCCCAAGAGCCGAGAAAAAGAUAACUCCAGUGCCUACAACACAGCCGAGAGCGCACGGUCCGCCCCGCUGAGGGUGGAGCCAUCUCCCGAGCACUCCCUGCAGAGACGCAUCAGCAUCGCCAACCAGAAGAACCUCCAAAUGGCCUACAGCAGUUCCAUCCCUGUUCCUAAGUCUCAGGGCUCACCGGAACAUGGUGCACCAGCAGAUCCCGUUGUUUUCUCAAGCAGCCCCGAUCAGAGUAACCCCUCUCGAUCCGAGUCCGACCCGGCGCUGCCUGCGGACGAUGAACGCUGCGAGAAAAAGGGGAGAACCAAAGAUCCAAAAAGAAAAUCGCCGUUUGCCUCAUACCAAACAAGUCCUUACCACGGCUCGCUCGGAUCCCGGCAACUUCAGGGCUACAUGCAGCUGCUACAACAUCACUCUUCCUUGGAGUAUACCCAGAGCCAGCUGAGUCUCCUGAGCGUCUGCCGGGAUCCGCUGAACCGUAAUGCUCGCUCCGGGGAACCUCGUCUGGAGUGGAAGGUCAAAGUGCGAGCGGACGGUUCCCGCUACGUGGCCCGGAGACCGGCUCGAGACCGUAUCCUUAGAGAGCGGGCGCUCCGGAUUCGAGAGGAACGCAGCGGCGGCAUGACCACGGACGACGACGCCAUGAGCGAGAUGAAGAUGGGUCGCUACUGGAGCAAGGAGGAGAGGAAGCAGCAUCUAGCGAGAGCCAGGGAGCAGAGGAAGAGGAGGGAGUUCAUGCAGAAGAGUCACUUUGAGUGUUUGAAGGAGGGUCUGGCCAGCGGGGCCGACGCCCACAAGGAGCUCAACAUCCUGGAACUCAGUCACAAGAAGAUGAUGAAGAAACGCAACAAAAAGAUUCUGGACAAUUGGAUGACCAUCCAGGAACUGAUGAGUCACGGGGCUCGAGUCCCAGACGACUCCCAAGUCCAUAACGCCUUCUUGUCUGUUACGACGGUGUAGCAGAAUGUUUACAGUCUGUUUUUUGGCAGAGACGGUUCUUGCUUGUAGCAUUUUCUCACUUGAAUACUUUUUGCAACCUCAACUAUUUUACUAUUAUUGCUCGGCUUUUGGUAAUGUAGAGAAUUUUGGUCAAACUUCCAUGAUCAUAUGUGAUUGUGACUCCAUCUCGAACUUUAAGGCAACAUUUUUUUUUUUACACCAGGGAGGGAAAGGGGAUAUUUUUCACAAUUUGUAAUCUCGCUACUUAACUUUUUGUAUGAACUUUUUUUUUUUUUUUUACACUGAAUGUUAAUGUGAUGUAAAUAGAUUUGUUGUAAAUGUAUCACCAAAACUGUGGAGGUCAGAAAUUGUACAACCUUUAAUUUAUUGACAGGCGACACCUAUCAGUUGUCCUUUUGAACAGACCCUUAAAAAUUAAUUCACGCGUGAUUCAUUUAAAAUGUUCAACACGCAUAUUUAUACUGGUUACUAUUAUUUAUAUUAAUUGUAAAUUAUUAUUCUUAAUUAUUAUGGUUACCUUACA